AAUUAGGGUUUUCUGUACAAUCUCUUAGAUUUUUGCUAAAGAACAUCUUUCUUAUUCACCCGAGACAUGUCUCUGCUUCUCAACCAGCCCUCGAAGCUAUGCUUUCGGAGACCUGUGUUGGCGAGAUCCUCUCCUCUUCACUCUAAUGGCUUCUCUUCUUCCUCGUUGCAAACCCCUCCUAGUAUGAUGGCGCUCAAACGUACCUAUUUUGCUGAUUACGCUCAUCAUUUUGAAAAAAAGGUGCCUCCCGAGUUGGUGUAUAAUGAUAUUAAAGAUGAUGAUGACAUUGGAACGAUCGGGUCUUCGCAUGGUUGGGUAGUUACUUUAAAAGACGACGGAAUUCUACGUCUCCAAGACGAUCUAAACCCGGUUGCGUCAGAGACAGAUCCCAAACGCAUCUCGCUGCCCCCUCUUGUGACUCUGCCUCAUUGCCAAACCCAAAUUGUCACCAACGUGGCCAUGUCCUCCUCUUCUCCUGAGGAUGACGAAUGUGUUGUGGCUGUCAAGUUCUUGGGGCCUCAACUCAGAUUUUGCAGACCCGCUCUUAAAAACCCAGAGUGGACCAACAUCAGAAUCCAAAACCCCUGUUUCUUCUCCUCUCGGGUAAUGUUUUCCGAGACACAUGACAUGUUUCGCAUACCCGGUUCUGGAGGACACCUCAUUGGAUCAUGGGGUCUCCACACACCACCCAAGAUUGACAAGUUGCGAUUUCAAAACCUUCCCAAGCUGACAAAGACCAAGCGGAAGCUUUUGCAUUCGUGCUUCACGAGCGAACACUUGGUAGAGUCACGAUCCACGGGAGAAACUUUCUUAGUUAAGUGGUACAGGAGAACCCCCGCCAAGCCCAUCAAGGGUAUGGCGACGAUGAUAACAAAAGCUCUUCAUGUGUUCAAGCUAGACAAAAAAGGAAACGCUGUCUACACUCAAGACAUCGGAGAUCUCUGCAUUUUCCUCUCAAAGUCUGAACCUUUCUGUGUUCCUGCUAGCUCCUUUCCUCAGGGCCUGCACUCUCUCCAGGCCAUGCGCUCUAACCACGUCUACAUAUUGGACGUCGACGAAUUCGGACUUGUCGAGCUGGUUGAUUCUUCCAUAGCUAGCGUGAAUUGCACAUUGAAGGUCCCUUUUUAUAUUCCACCUCAAAAUAUAAACUAGUAUUAAGUUUGGAAUUGAGGUCUGUCUUUUCUCUUAAACCUUUCAAAUAUCAAAUCUACUUUUAUAUAUCUUGUAAGUGAAGGAAAUUAUAUUUUAGCAAACAUAUC